ACUCUUCAUGCCAGUCUGUCCUAAUCCCCACCCCACCUCCUCUACAUAUGUAUAUAUAAAUUCCAGAUAAGCAAACAUGUAAAGCCCUUCAACUACUGCAGCAGCAACAACUUAUGAUACUAGGCCUACUAGACUAAGGGCGGUUUAUUCAAUAUUCAACACACUCAGCAUAAUCAUGAGUCUUUUUGCUCUUGGAAGCAGAAACCAGAAAACAUUCCGUCCGAAGAAGGGUUCUCCUUCCGGCAGCAAGGGUGUGCAACUCAAGAAGCACAUAGAUGCCACCUUGGGCAGUGGUAACUUGAGGGAAGCUGUAAAACUUCCCACAGGGGAGGAUCUUAACGAGUGGUUGGCAGUAAAUACUGUGGACUUCUUUAAUCAAGUAAACAUUCUCCAUGGCACUCUCACUGAAUUCUGCACGUCUUCAACUUGUCCAACAAUGAUGGCUGGGCCAAAGUAUGAGUACAGAUGGGCAGACGGAGUGACCAUAAAGAAACCCAUAGUCGUUUCUGCUCCACAAUACGCUGAGUAUUUAAUGGACUGGAUUGAGUCUCAGCUGGACGACGAGGCCAUUUUUCCCCAGAAGUUGGGAGUACCAUUCCCACCCAACUUUCAGGAUGUUGUCAAAACCAUAUUGAAGCGGUUGUUUCGUGUGUACGCCCAUAUCUAUCACUCGCAUUUCCAGAAGAUUGUGAGUCUGAAAGAGGAAGCUCAUCUCAACACUUGCUUUAAGCAUUUUGUUCUGUUUACAUCGGAAUUUGGCUUAAUUGAGAAGGCAGAGCUUGCACCUCUCAAUGAAAUCAUCGACUCUAUCUUACAACGCUAGAAAACCUUGUUGAGCCAGUGACAAAGCGGAAGUAGGAAGGUUUUAAAGCUGAUGAGCUAGUGGUGCAUAACAGGCAACCGGCUAUCUAUUUUCAAGCGCAAUGGAUUGUUUAUGUCUUCCUCUUUGUUCUGUUUUCAAUGGCAAACCAGCAACUAAUUCGACUAAUCUUUGGUUGCACGAAACGCCAUAUGCGAAGUGCUACAACCUCUCUCGCGCUCUAUGUGCGAGUUCAUCUACCAUCUUUUUGGUGUUACAGAUGUAAAUGUUGCUCGACAUUAGGUAUCAUCUUUGUUUGCUGAAGUUUACGUGAGGUACAGAAGUUUCAUCACUGUUAUGAUCAUCUUACUAAUUGAAGUUUACAUACAAGU